AUGGCCGCCCUAAGCACAGAGAACGCCCGCGCGCUUCUCACAACGCUCGUUUCCUGGAGAACCCUCGCCCUGCUCCUCGCAAUACUCAAUCUCAAGAACCUCCCCUUUGCCUGGCACUUCCGCAUAGCCCGGCACCUCCUCGUCAACCUCCGCUGGCGCCCCGACUACCCAUUCUUCCCCAAAGGCAAACCCCUCACCACCUCAUCCGGCAAACCCACCCACCCCGUCUUCGUCCCCUACAGCAUUACAACCAGCACCCCACUGCUAGAGACAGAUUACAACCUCCACAAGUCCAACAGCACCUACUUCACAGACCUCGACGUCUCGCGCACCGCCCUCGUAACCCGCAUCUACAGCCCCGGCGUGGGCCUAAUAAGCAAAGAACUCGACGGGGAAUUCGCCGCCGCAGCCCAGAAAGAAGGCAAGCCAGCCCCGCCGCGGAAAUCAAUCUACAUCGCCCUCGGCUCCGUCUUCUGCAGCUUCAAGCGCGAGAUCAAGCCGUAUACCAAGUUCGAGGUCGAGUCGCGCGUGCUGGGCUGGGACCAGAAAUGGAUGUACGUGCUGAGUUUCUUCCUCAAGCCUGCCGGUAAGAAGGGCGGGAAGAGGACGCUCUACGCGACGGCUGUUAGCAAGUAUGUUGUCAAGAAGGGCCGGUUGACGAUUGCGCCGGAGAGGGUGUUGCGGAAGAGCGGGUUUUUGCCGGAGCGGCCGGAGGGUGCUGCUGCUGCUGCUACUGCUGCUAUAACCUCGUCAUCAGAGUCGGCAGAUGCAUCGGGGACUGGGACGCCAUCUGGGAUUACGGCGGCGGCGAGUGGUGUGGAUGGGUCGUUUGUGCGAGAGGUGCUGAAGUUGCAGGAUAAUCAGAUCCCUGAGACUGGGAAACUGGAGGCAGAGAAGAGGGUGAAUGCUGCGUCCUGGGACGGCGACGAGUGGAACUGGGAGCGCAUUGAAGAGGAGCGGGCACGCGGCAUGGCGGUGCUCGAUGGGUUCUGUGAUUUGGAUGCGAAGUUGUUUGGCGAGUGGGAGGAGUAG